GUGUGGUCUAAAUAUUAGCUGCAGCCUCCGGUGGGGAGGAGAAGCCCCCACAGAAGCGGUGUGGCCAUUGCUCCUAGAGUUUCCAUCACCUGCUCACUUGGGCCAGCUAGUUUUACUGGUCUUUAGUCUGUUUCCAAGGGGCUAUGGAAGUAUAAAUAAUAAAGCAAGAAAAGCAGACCCAUUUGGCUGGCUCAGUGGAUCCUUCUGAAUGUACUUCUAAUACUCAACAGAAAAAUCUCCAAGGAAAAUGAACCCUAUGCUGAGCCUGGGCCUGCUUCUGGCUGGCUUCCUGACUGUGGAGGGUCUUCUGAAUCCCAACUUCUCUCCAACGAAUCAUGGAACUUGGAGCCAGGCCCAAACACGGGAUGGAAAGGAGGCAGCCCAGGAGCUUGCAAGGCGGAACGCAAAAUUUGGCUUAAAGCUGUACAGGAAGCUGGCCGCCGGUGACCCUAACAAGAACAUCUUCUUCUCACCCUUGGGCAUCGGUAUCGCCUUUUCCAUACUGUCUCUGGGUGCCCAGGACUCCACGCUGGCUGAGAUCAAGCAAGGCUUCAACUUCAGGAAUAUGCCAGAGAAAGAGCUUCACGAAGGUUUCCAUUACCUCAUCCACGUGUUGAACCAGAAGAACCAGGAAGUUGAGCUGGCCCUCAGGAAUGCCUUGUUCAUGGACCGGGAGUUGCGGCCACAGAAGAAAUUCAUGACAGAUAUCAAGAAAAUGUACAAUGCAGACAUGGUCGUCACCAACUUCCAGAAUUUGGAAAAUACUCGGAAGCAGAUCAAUGAGUUUAUCCGUCAGAAAACCCAGGGGAAAAUCAAAAACCUAAUCAACAAUAUAAACCCUGGCACUGUAAUGCUUCUUAUAGACUGUGUUUUCUUGCGAGCCAGGUGGCUACAUCAGUUUGAUCCAAAAGCAACUAAAGAGGAAGAUUUCAUCCUCAAUGGAAACAAGACAGUGAAGGUGCCCAUGAUGCUCCAUGGAGGUGGGUAUAAAGUCGGCCGCGACGACCAGCUCUCCUGCUCCAUCCUGGAGGUGCCCUACCGGGGCAACAUCACUGCCAUCUUUAUUCUUCCCGACGAGGGACAAAUGAGGCAUGUAGAGGAGGCCUUGACGGUGGAAAAUUUAGACAGAUGGAGUAAAUUAAUCAAAAAAAGGGUUGUGAACGUGUCCUUGCCCAAGUUCUCCAUCACUGGUACCUACGACCUGAAGAAGACUCUCUCCCACAUGGGUAUCACCAAAAUAUUUGAGGAGCAUGGCGAUCUCACCAAGAUCUCCCCUCACCAAAGCCUGAAAGUUGGUGAGGCGGUGCACAAGGCUCAGCUGCAGAUGGAUGAGAAAGGCUCCGAGGCGGCCGCGGGCUCUGCAGCACAGGCGCUGCCCAUGGAGAUGCCACUGAUCAUCACAUUUAACAGGCCCUUUCUGGUGAUAAUCCAGGAUGAUGACGUAUCUAGUGUGCUCUUCAUGGGGAAGCUCACUGAUCCUGGCAAGAAAUAAGGGGGAAUUCCACUUGCUGCAGCCCCAACCAUGGCCUGGGGCUGAACACGCUUCCUGACUGUGAGACCCAGCCCCCAAGGAUGUCCUAAUCGAAGCCUGCAUCACCACGUGCUCCUGAGACCACUGCCUAAGCAGGCUUCGGUGCACCCGUCCCCCACACCUCCUUCCCCACCCAUUCAAGUGUCAGGAUUGGGUGCCCCCCCCAUGCCCCCACCCACUCGGCUGGCGGUGAUCUUCUGUUCCCCUGGCAGGCAGAUGGUUUUUGGGAUUUAAUAAAUGGCCCCUCAGGCCUGCUGAUU